AGUCCGCAGCCGUCAGGGCUCGAGAGCUCUGGGCUGCUUGUCACCCUCGCGAACGCGGGCGCGAUGCCGGAAGGUGGCGGUGGCCAGCAGAGCAUCCAGCAGGACAUGUUUGUGGGUUGCGUGCCGGACUACGCCGAGAGCCCGGCGCAGCACGAUGCGUCGUUGCCCGGGCUUGUGAUGGAGCAGACGCCGCCGCCGCCGCAGCAGCCGCAGUCGUCGAUGGCAGCUCUGCUGCGGGAUUUCGAGGGUGAGUUGGACGAGCUGCUCACGAAGCAACACCAUGAAGUCCGGCGCCGGUUGCAGACUUUCGUGGCCAAGGCUGAGGGUCAGGCCGAUCGAGCAGAUGAGCGUGCCAGCAGGAUCAGUUCGGAAUCCGCUGUGCGCCAGCAGGGCAAGCUGGGCUGGCGCCUGAUCGAGCCGCCGGGCGUGCCGAGCAGCCCCGGAAGGAUCAGGGCGUCUGACAGGGUCCAGGAUGAGGAGCCCCAAGUUGAUGACCUGAAGCAUCAUUUGGAUUUCCAUCGAGGACGAAUGCAGACUUCCGUGGCAAGCGGCCAAUCCGUCUUCGAUGAAGCCUUGGCUCAGCAGUGCCAUCAGCUCAAGACUAUUCGGGCGUCGAUCUGGCUGGAGAAGACGGCGAAGCGCGGCGGCACUUGGCGUGCGAAGCUGCUGCGCUUCACCUCUCACUGGGGCUACGAGACGGCUAACGCCUUAAUCGUACUCGCCAAUGCUAUUAUCAUCGCGUGGGAGACCCAGUACUCCGCCAAGCACAUGUCAGCCAAGGAUGAAGCCGCGCAUUUUGAUACAUACAUGUUCAUAUUCUGUGCUUUGUUUACGGCCGAUGCCCUUGUACGCAUCAUAGCUCAGGGUUGCCGUUUCUUCUACUCAGCUGAAUGGAAGUGGAAUUGGUUCGACGCGUUUGUCGUUCUGGGAACAUAUGUAGAAAUCGCAGCAAAUUCCUCAGAUCAAUAUGCCUCUGCCGCGCAAGUAACCCCAAUGCUUCGCGUGCUGAAGCUCGUGCGGAUGAUGCGGAUCCUACGUGCUGUACGGUCUCUCGUACAUUUUCGAGAUCUCCGUAUUAUGGUGUCCAUGUUAUGCGAAGCUUUAGUACCAUUGACGACCUUUGCGUUUAUCAUGGCCAUGGUGUUCAUGGUAUUCGGGGUUUUCUUUGCCGCGGGGGCGACCGAAUACAUGGCUUCCCAUGGUGCAGACGACGGUGAACUAAUCGAGUAUUAUGGUGAUGUUUUCGUAACAAUGCUGACCCUCUUCAAGUCGAUCUCGGGAGGCAUCGACUGGCAAGAGGCCGCAAAGCCUCUUGAGAAGUUGCCAGUCAUGUAUUCGACUGUGUUCUACGUUUACGUGUCAUGGUCCGUAUUCGCCCUGAUGAACGUGGUGAAUCGGAUCUUCAUCGACAACACAAUUCAGAGGUCCAAGCAUGAUCGCGACUACGUCGUGCAGACAGAAAUCCAGGAAAAGAAGGAUUUCUUCUUCAAGAUGGGCAAGCUCUUCGCGGAAUUAGACCCUGACCAUAGCGGCACGAUCCGCCUCGAAGAACUUCACGAUCGUAUUCAUGACCCCCGGGUGAAAGCUUAUUUUCGAGCCAUCGACCUGAACCCUGGCAAGGUCGAGAGGUUGUUCCAGUUGUUGGAUAGCAACGGUUCAGGCGACAUCGACCAGAGUGAGUUCAAAAGAGGGUGUGAGCGCCUGCGUGGCGAUGCCAGUGCGCUCGACCUGGCCAUCCUCCGAUUUGAGGUGAAGCAGAUGGCUCAGAACACCAUGCUGAUCAGGGACCUGGUGAUGAAAUCAAAUGAGCAGUCAGAUGGCGUGAAGCCGUUCACGCUCUCUCGACGUCAAUAGCUCUGUUACGCGGUCAGUUGUGAUGCUACCCAGACUUGGAGCCGGUAGAACGUUGAGGUUCGUUUUGGCUUUGCCGAGCGCCGAUCAGAGGCGACAUUCGCGCAUAGGUAGUAAUGCAGAUCCAUAACUCCAGCUCCGCUGCCAACUUAUGGUGCUUUUCCUGGAGAGUCCGAGAAUCAGCUCCUGCGGGGAGGUCAUGGCAAUUGGUCACUCCAGCAUUUGGAAGGUUCGUGACAGUGUUCGCGCCCCUUCCAGCGAGGAUAAUGCCAUGGUGAGACGGUUUCGCAUCGUUGUCGUUGUUACGAUAGCGACUGUUACGUGUUUCCAGGCCAAGACUAGUGAUUAUCACCUACUGCGUAAGUCCAUAUGCUUGUAUCAAUGGGGUGUUUCUUAAUAGGGAACAGUGAUGAACCCCUCCCCGAAGGGGAAGAGGAAGGGGUGGAAGAGGAAACAACCUAAACCACUUACGCCCAGAGGGCUGGUGGGAUUUUUUGUGUCGUAGUUGGCGCGGUUGCCAGCUGUCACCCGCAUGGCAGCCAGGUGCGGCAGCCGUGUGCGACAGCCAGGUCCAAAUCCAUCCAGCAGCGCCAUUCAUUCAACGCCCAGCCAUUUUGUUCAGCUCCUAUUUUUCCUUGGCCUCGGCGUGCUACCAUCAUCACCAAGCCAUAACCCAAAACGGGGCGUUUGAGUGAUGGGUGUGGCCCUGAGCACUUCUCUUACGCC